AUGACCAGAUACACAAACUUCGCACGCAAGCGGACUUACGUCGAGGCCGGCUUUAAUAACGACCCAGAGCCAGAACCUCAAACUGCUCCUGCUACCCCUGCUGCUACUCCUGCUGUCGCCCCUGCUGCUGCUUCUACUGCGCCUACCACUGUCUCUGCUUCUGUAAACGACUCCGCGGCGGCGGAGGGGGAUGCAUCUGCGGAGCCACCGAAAAAGAAGAAAAGAAUAAGGGGGAGGAAGCCGAAGCCUCCUAAGCCUUCGAGUGAAGAUGGCGGUGUAGCUGGAGAAGGGGGAGAGGGAGAAUCGUCGUCACAGGCGGCGGAGAAGGCGGCGGAGAAAGCGGCGGAGAAGAGGAAGAAGGCUGCAAAGAGAGCCAAAAAUGCUAAGAAGCUCGAAAAGCGGAACGCUAAAGACCGCAAACAGGCAUCUGAGGACCGCAGACUCAAGCGCAUUCAGGACCGAAAUGUCGACACGACCUGUUUCGCGUGCAGAGAGAAGGGUCACACCGCGAGGGACUGUACAAAUUCGCUGGCCUCCGAUGCACUUGAGGGCGAGCAAGGACAGAGCAGAGCUCCGUCAGGGCGCGACGCAGUGGGGAUCUGUUACCGGUGUGGCUCCAGGAGACAUGGCUUGUCAAGAUGUCCCGAACUUGUCGAUCCCGCGAAUCCUCUCCCGUUCGCAUCCUGCUUCGUCUGUUCAGGGAGAGGUCACCUAGCCUCUACGUGCCCCAAGAACCAGUCAAAGGGCGUGUACCCGAAUGGUGGCUGCUGCAAACUCUGCAAGGAGACCAGCCAUCUUGCCAAAGAUUGCCCCUUGAGAAAGAAAGAGGUCGCUGCGACCACCGUGCUUCUAGGAACCGGACGGGAGGCAGGCGCAGACGAGGACGACUUCCACACGUUCAAACGCGUCAAUGCCGAGGUCGAUGAGGCUCAAAAGGCGGAAGAGCGCACAAAAAGGCGUCUAGACGCAAGGGUUGGCGUGCACUCUGGCGUAGUGAAGGCGUAUGGGGAGGCACCACUAGCAGCGAAAAAGAAAAAGGUGGUCACAUUCUGAUCCUCCUACAACUAUCAUCGGGCCAUGCCGUUGUAUCUGCAAUGUUCGGGGACGAGCCCGCGUUCGAUUAUGCUCAUU